AGGCCAAAUUCUUGCGAAACAUGUGGGAAACAUUUCAAAAGUAAUUAUAACUUGACAGUCCAUAUGACAACCCACUCAGUUGAGAAGCAGUACCUUUGCAAGACCUGCAGGAAAAGAUUUAGAACGCCAACAACACUGACCCGUCAUAUAAGAACCCACACAGGUGAGAAGCCGUACAGGUGUAAAACAUGCGGUACACAUUUCAAGUGUGAAGAUCAUUUGACAGUCCACAUGAGGUCUCACACAGGUGAGAAGCCGUACCUUUGCAAGUCCUGCGGUAAAAGAUUUAGUGCACCAACAACAUUGAUCCGUCAUAUAAGAACCCACACAGGUGAGAAGCCAUACCCAUGUAAAACAUGUGGGAAAGAUUUCAGUCGUGACGAUACAUUGAGAGUCCACAUGAGGUCCCACACAGGUGAGAAGCCGUACCCAUGUAAAACAUGCGGUACACAUUUCGGGCGUGAAGAUCAUUUGACAGUCCACAUUAGGUCCCACACAGGUGAGAAGCCAUACCUUUGUAACACCUGUGGGAAAAGAUUUAGUGAGCCAACAACGCUGACCCGUCAUAUAAGAACACACACAGGUGAGAAGCCGUACACGUGUACAACAUGCGGGAAAGAUUUCAGUCGUGACGAUACAUUGAGAGUCCACAUGAGGUCCCACACAGGUGAGAAGGUGUACACUUGUAAAACAUGCCACAAAGAUUUCAGCCAAAAAGUACAUCUGAAAGUCCAUAUAAGAACCCACACAGGUGAGAAGCCGUAUUCUUGCAAAACAUGUGGCAAAUGUUUCACAGUUAAUGCUCAGUUGAAAGUCCACAUGAGAAGAGCCCACACUGAUGAGAAGCAGAACAAGUGAGGAGCCACGUAAUUUAAGUUCUUGUAGAAAUGUUCUUUUUUCUCGAAUCACAUUCUUAAAAUAUUUGAAGAUCGAACUGAAACUCCUUUGUUGCAAUUUCUACAUCUUUGUAAUUGAAUGUAAAAUAUUUUCUUCCAACACGAGAUGUCAGUAUCUUUGUGUAACGUUUUUUUAAUGACAUUGUUACUUCUAUGUAUGUUUUCAAACAGUAUUUCUGUAUUUUAGUUUCACAGUGAGUGCACAGGUGUGGCUGUUACAGUCAUGGUGUGAUCUGGAUGGUUGUUAUUUUUCCCAAAUGUCCAUUUACAGUGUUAGAAUUACUUUUUGUUUACAGUUAAACAAGAUGACUUUAAACCCAUGUUCUUCACAUAAUAUUUGAUAAUUUUAUAUAAAGCCUUUUACACUUCUUUGCAAGAAGUCAGAUCUUACCUUAUACUGGCAUCACUCAUCUAUUUUUUUUUAGAAAUCUUGUGAAAUGUGCAUUCUUUUCGCUAUUUUAAUAAAUUAACCCAUUCAUGUGU